AUUAUAGGGAUUAGGGAAGGAAAAAUAUUUCAGCAGAUAUUGGAAGUGUUUAUGGCACAAUACCAAAGCGUUAAAGACUCCUUUUGAAAGGAAAAGCUGAUUUUGAACAAGUGUUGUAAAAGUGGAGACAGAGAUAUUUUGCACCAGGAUUUGAUUGCACUUGAUGCCUUGAUCAUUGGGGCACAGACCUUCAAGCGUACUUGAUAAAGGAGGUUUUGUUUGUGCUUACUGAUUCACUUGGACGUUUACUGUGCACGCAUGUACAAGCAAAUGACAUCUCAAAACUGCAUAUUUGGCUUUCGCGUUUUUGGUUCAAUAUACAUAAGAAUUUCAAUGUUAACUUUUGGGCUCUUCAGAGUUUUGAGUGGGAGGUGUUAUUGAACAAGUUGUAGGGCUUGUGGGUGAGAUUUCAAGGUGGCUGAUUUAGACUUCAAAAAUGUAUCGCUGCACGUGGGAAAUAAAAUAUUUAUAAAGUGAACACUUACCCUGUGAUCAAAUUUAACACCGGAGUUAAUUAAUUACUGAUUUGUGUGAGCGGAUAAUGAAAUGUUUUUGUGAGAAUAAAGCUGUUGUGUUGUUGAUGUUUAUUGCUGGAUGUGUCCAAUGUGAUGUAAAUCAUAAAUUACGAGAUGGCACACUUGGAGAAACUGUUUGUCCCAGAGGGGCUGCCAGACAACCCCUACCUUUCCCUUGACAGUCGGGUCACAUACAAGUCCGAGAUGGCUACCGCCGAGAUGAAGGAGGUAAAAACAAUCAAGCCUCUAAAAAAAGAGUUUCAUCCCAUCACCACAGAGAUUCAUGUGACGGAAUUACGACCAAUAAAACUGGACCCUAUGCCAAAGAAUGGUGAUGCUUCAUCCUCACGAGGCAUGAAACACCAGACUUGGGAGCGGAGGUUGCAGUCUGAAAGUGCUGUGUCACAGACGCAACCACAGGCUUACACUCAGAGUGAAUACAAUAAUCAGUACUCCAGACGUCGUGGGGGACAUGAGUCUCGCACCGAAACCAGGAGAUCACAUUCCGCAUCCAGGCAUGAGUACACGGACACCUUGCCGGAGACAAGGUCCAACAUGAUCCGUACGGUGACGAGCAGAACAGGCUCAUACUCAGGGUCAUCUCCAGCAUCAUCACCUUCCGGGACAAUGUCACCAAGGGACAGCGAGUUUAAGAGGAGAGAUGUGAGCCCGAGCUACAAGAUGCCGGUAGAAGAGCAUGUGUCAGCUGUUGACGGGAAGUGCACCUGCUGUCCCUAUGGUUACCACGUGGAUGUGGACUUCAUGAGCUACUGCGACACCCUCUCCAACCAGUCGUACCUUAAACAGCUCAAGAGACUGCAGCGCGAGAAACGUAAACUCCGCAAGUCUAUGGAGGUGUAUGUGAUGGACCAGGAGCGAACAGAAGGCCAGUCAACCAUUGUUAACCCCAUGGAGAACCACCCAUACUACAAAGAAACCACGACUAACAGGCUCUUGGAUGAGAUUGAUACCUCAGUUGACCAGACCAUAAAUUCUAUAGACACAAUGAUGAGGAGUUCGCAGGAGUCACAACAAUCCAUGUACACUGACUCUGGGACUGCCACUAUGCAGAGAGAGCAGAAAAAGUUUAACACAUUCCCAAAGAAAGUUGGCAAGCAAGUUGCCAAAGAUCUGCAAGCAUACAAUGAAACAUUCACAGCAACGUUUAACACAAAUGAUCGGGUUGACUCUAACGGAUCUCUCUCCUCCAUUUCGACCGUAGCUAGUGAGAGAGUUCAGCCAUACAUGCAGGGUUACACUGCCACAGAGACCACCACCACCCGAACAAGCAACAUGACAUCCCAGCAGCUUGCGGAAACCAUUGCCAUACAUCUUCCCAAGGAUGAUGGGGCCGCUGAGGCUCAGACUAGCACAACAAACAUCAGCCAACAGUCUUUGCAGGCGAUCAGGGAGUCAAUGGCGGUCAGUCUGCAGAGAAUGAAGGAGUUAGAGGAGCAGGUAAAGGCCAUUCCAGUACUGCAGGUGAGGAUAUCAGUUCUAAAGGAGGAGAAGAGGCUGCUUGGCCUGCAGAUGCAGGCUCAGAAACAUGUGAACACAGUGAGUCGAGGGGUCAGCGACGACACCAUAGAUCCUCCUACACCCCUUAGCCCAAGGUCUCCCCCUCCAACAUUGCCAAAACCCAAGGUUAAAAUGGCUGCUGUCGGUGACCAUAGUGUACAUGAACCUUAUGUUGUACAGCCGGAGCUAGAAAGCACCCAUGUGUAUGAAAGGGAGACAAUUAUUGUGGACAGAGCCCAAAGACAACAGGCUGUGUUUAAUCCCGAGGAUUCUAAACCUUUGACCAGGACAGUUGGUGUUGGGGAGGGAAAUGUAUUUGAUGACAGUAUGCAUAUUCAUGAGAAGGAGUUAAGGACUGUGAUUAUUGGGCAGGGGGAGAGAACAGGUAAACGAAAUGUUGGAAUUGAGUGCCGAGUGGCAACAAGAGAUGUCGGUGUUUCCUAUAACUUUGACACUUCUGUUGAAAAACCAACCACUCGAAGUGUGGGAAUUACAACAGAAACAACAGCUCUUGUGACAAAUGUUAGCUUUAGAAGUGAGGAAUUUACCUCAGCUCUCAGAAAUGCUUUGGCAAAGAGUGUGCGCAGUGUUGGAAUCCAAGCAAACAACAGAUUACAAACAACUAAUGUUGGUAUCCAGCAUUCCAAUUCAUCAUGGAACAUCAGAUCUAUUGGUGUUGGAGACUGCAGCAUAGAUGUUGAGGUACGUACUCCUGUGGCUCGAAGGUCCGUCAGUGUGGACGCCUUCCCUGACAGGAUGAACCGCAGUGUGAAUACUGACUAUGGCUGGCGGCUUGAUGCCUUCACAAACACCGUCAAUGAGAGGAUGGAGACUGAUGGCACCCAGACAGAGAUUGCCCGCAAUAACAAUGCUGCCACAAUGACGGACAAGGAACACUCAUAUCAUGCUACGUGUCAGACAGAUGUCAAAGUUUUUACUGCAUUGGACGUCUUCAGGAGUAAUGGAACAAAUACUGAGAAAGUGUUAACUUACAACACUGGCAUGAACACUGUGUUAAAGCCACAGAUGGAGCGAGGUGUAAAUACAAUCAGUGCCAGAGACACUAGAAGCUAUGGUGUAAAUACACAUGGGCCUGAUAUUCGAAGUAUGGGGGUGGGUGAUGGUGUUAUUGAAGACAGUGAAGAUGAAUACAGGUUUGAAGAGGAGGGAAUAGAAACCAAAACAACUUACUACACUACUGCACAGGACAGAGAGGACACAAAAACUGACAAAGGUUAUGAGAUUGAACGUAAAUAUGCUGGAGGUACUCAGUCUAGUCAGAGUCAGUUGGUGAGAAGUGAUUCUGAAUCACGCUCUGAAUCAGAGCUUGAUUCAAACGAAGAAGUGGUUGAGGAAACGGUGUGGCGAACAUCAGGGGAUGGUCAGUUUACUGUUACCACAGUAACUACAAAAAAGGUCUACAGUGGGGAUGAUACAAAGAAUCCCCAGGUCUUCAUAGAUACAAAGACUGUGACUGGCGGACCUGAGGUGCUUGGAACAGCUGCCGCUCUAAUACAGAAGGAGGUUGAGAGUGGAAGGACCAGUUCCUCUUACACAAUAACCCGAGAUAGAUCUAGUGUCUCUGACUAUGAGACUGAUUCCUCUGCAAACAUGAAAAGCAGCUUGAAAACCACCAUCAAGCCUGGUAUAUCAACUACCACCCAGUCCACUUUAGGCAGUACGGCCCUGGAGCGAGUCCUGGGCGAAGACUAUGCUAAAAGACUGCAGAGUGAGAACGAAAGCAAUGCAGGUGGAAUAACAAGUACCCAGGAAUACUCAACAUCCAGCAGAGUAGGCUCAUCAGGUUUGAUGGCCUCAAUGGCAUCAUCCGCAGCAACGGGGUCAUCAGCAGCCGCAAUGUCCCUGGGUGCAGAGCUGGAGCAGUUAGGUGGAAGGGACGGCCUGUCCUCAUCAACAUCAUCAACCACUGUCACUCGCCACACAAAGAUUAUACGGGAUGGGGACUCCCCAGAAGGUACAGUGACUGUAACCGAGGAGACAACAUCGUCUGGUGACCUGUUGCCAGACAAGGAGCUGUUCGACAGUGGUCUAAUGUCAAGUUCGGGCUCCUCCGCCUCUGGGCUCACAUCCUCAGGCUCCUGGUUCUCGGAGUCAGGCAGCCAAGGCGGCGGGCUCAAGUCAAUUAUGAAGAAGAGCAGCAGCACGGAUUCUAACUCCCAGAAACGGGGAAUUACAUUUGCAGAGACAGUUGUUGGAGGACCUGCUAAAAUCAGAGAAACUGACAGUGACGGAUCAGAGAACUCUUCAGACGAGGAGGAAGAAGAAGAGGAUGAAGUGAUUGAGGAGAGUCUUUCAAGGGGGACAACCUCUGACAGUGACAGUAGCUAUGAAGAAGGCUGUUACGACAGUCGUGAGGGUCGCAUUAUAUAUAAGUGUAAAGAUGACGAAGCUAUCGCCAAUGGCAUUCCUGGAGCUAAAAUGUUUGACCAGAAUAUAAGAGAAACUUCCAGCACCCGAAGGUUUGAGCUUGACAGUGAGGUGAAGGAGGCGUGUCAAGUGCUCGCUACGUACCUUGAAGACUCCACACAAGUCCAGACAAAGCAACUUAACUCGAGUAUUGAGGUAAUCCAGAAGGAAUGGUUUAAGGUCUCGUCCAGCAAGCUAGCUGAUGCCCACCAGAAUGAGGACUACCUUUCGUGCUUCAAUGAGAUCUCCAAGAGACUGCUGGAGUACAUCGUCAACAUGCAGGACUCUAAUGGGAACACGGCUAUCCACUAUGCAGUGUCCAACUGUAACUUUGACAUUGUCAGCCUGCUGCUCGACACAGGGGAGUGUGACCUGAACAAGCGCAACAAGGCAGGCUACACCGCACUGAUUAUGGCCACACUGGCCAGCGUACAGACACAGAGACAAGAUGAGGUUGUACAGAGGCUGUUCUCCAUGGGGGAAGUGAAUACCCGGGCUAGCAAGGAUGGCCAGACAGCACUGAUGUUUGCGGUGCGUCAGGGUCGUACGGAGAUGGUGAAGAUGUUACUGGACACCGGUGCAGAUAUGAACAUUCAGGACGAUGAGGGAUCCACUGCCUUAAUGUGCGCAGCUGAACACGGGCACACAGAGAUCAUCAAGAUGCUGCUGAACACACCCGGGUGUGACGCCACUAUUUCUGAUAAUGACGGGAGUACCGCCCUCUCCAUCGCCAUGGACGCUGGACACAAGGAUGCAGGGGUUCUACUGUAUGCGCACGUCAACUUUGGACCUGGACACACACCUGCUCCGACUAAGCACAAGGUGAGAAAGUCUUCAUCCUCGUCAGAAAACACCGGGGCAACUCCAUUAUAGGACUUACAAAUAACAUCGCUAAGAAGCCUCAACAUACAUGUAUGCGUAUGUGAAACAUCAUCUUCUAUGCAACUCUCCGGCUCUAUGCACAGUACAGAUGCAAAUGUUCUCAGAUAUAACCCUUUAUUAUUCAUUCAAGUGGUUUGACUACUGGAAAUGUAUGUUUGAUUUUUAAUAGAAAAAUACCAUUAUGCAGGCAUACAUUUAUAGUGAAAUUUCAUUGUUGAAAUGUCAUUUAUUGGUUGUUUUAAGAGAAGUUUGUAUCUUAAUUUUUAAACUUAUGUCUUUCAUGUAUUUGCUUAGCUAGAAAGGCAAGUUAGCAAAACUUACAGAUUGCCGUUUUGUGGAGAGAAAAAAACACUUUGUAAAGAGUUUUAAAUAAUUUGUAUUCUUUACACAUAAUCCAUAUCAUAUCUCUAUAGUGUUGUGACUUGGCAGUUUUAUCUCAGUAUAUACCAAAAGAUAUUAUUUAUCUUAUAUGUAUAUAUGCCUAAUAUGUAUUUUAACACAUGUACAUGUAUAUUGUGUAAAGUUAUAUUUGCAAUUGUAGAAUAAUAAUUAUCUUUUCGUAAAACUUAAGAUAUAUACACUUUUACAAUGUAAAAACAUGGAAUAUACUUUUUGUUGCAAGAAUUUGUUUAGAACAUAGUUGUAGAAUUUUGUACUCUGUUGAGUUAAGCUUUCCAUGUGUUUUAAGGACAUUCCAUAAACCAACCAUUCCAUUAAUUAGCAACUUUUGAAUUAAAAAAAAACAGCAACAUGCAGAAAAAAUGUGUUGAAAACAAUGAGUAUGUUUUGGGUUACUGUGUAUUUGUAUUAUUUUUUCAAGAAUUUCAUUGCCUAUUUAAUUUGGUCUAACCCGAGAUUGUGUCGUGAAUUUUCAUAAUUUGUAGAAAAUAAACCACAUAUUGGUUAGUUUUCCUUAUUUGAUCAGCUUUCUUGGUAUUAAUGUAAUUUAUAGUGAGCAGUUAUGAAAAUCACAGGCUGAUUUUAACCGUAGUUUAAACUUAGUAUUUUUCACUGUUGUCAAUUUUUUAGUCCCAGCAUUUCAGUGUUGUUAGCUUUAAGUUAAUAUCAAUGUCUUGUUUUGUAUGAAACAUUGCUUACAAUUCAUUCCCUUUAAAGACAUACACACAUACACACACACUAAUUUGGACAGUUUAUAGAAAACAUAUUUUUUUUUAAUUUUGCCAUAUUUUUCCAUAGCCUUUUUAUGUUAUUAGGCCUGAAAAGUUGUUAUACUGGCUUACUUACUCGUUAACAUAAUGGUUGCCAUGGUAUUUUGUAUAUUAUAUAUUCCAUAUGUUAUUAUUUAUUCCAUGUUAAGCAAGCACAUUAUUACUAUUUUUACAAUAUUUCCCUUAUUAUUUAUCAGCAUUUUAUGUUGUAUUUUAUCAUUCCAUUUUAACAUUUUAACACACUGAAGCCUCAGUAAAGUUGCAAUUUAGAUAAAGAGGAUAAAACAUAUUCUUGUAGAGGUUACAAACAUAGAGUCUAUAUUAAUGAAAAAUAAAACCAGUAGAAUAGAAUAUACCUCAAGUUGAGAGUUGGUGCUAUGUAUAUUUAUAGUCUAGAUCUAGUUAAAAUGUGUUCAUAACAUAGCUAACCAGAACCAAUGUAGGGAGGCUUUGAGUAGGUAAUAGAGAAACACUUCUGGAACAUGUAUGUGUAGCUUCUCGAACAAUAAUGUGUAGUUUCUUGUCCAUGUAUGUGUAGCUUUUUCGUUAAUGUAUAGCUUCUCAUACUUGUCUGUGUAGCUUCCCUUACAUGUGUAUGUAGCCUCUCGUACAAGUAUGUGUUGCUGCUCAUGCAUUUAUGUGUAGCUUUUCAAACAUGAAUGCCUAGCUUAUCGUAAGUUACACUGAUACAUUAAUUUCUUCUUGAUUUCAUACAUUGACUCUGUGUACAUUAGGAUUAUUGCAUAUGAACAAAGUCAGGCUUCACAAGCCUGUCAAUGUUUAUGUGACAUAAUGAUAUAACUCAGCAUGUGCCGAGGCUAUUAGAGAAACACUUAGAAGUGGUCCAAUCUAUAGAUGGGUGACAUACAGUAGUCCACACAUACAUGUACUAGACUAGUAGUGUUUCAUAACCGCUCUAUUAAUGUAAAUUGUUAUAUUAUAAGCUAUGAAAUAGGUUGCUGGAUGUCAUAAGCACUGCUGUGGCCAAAUUGUUAUUAUUUAUUUUUAUACGCUGCUUAUUUUUGUUUUAUUCUUGUACUCAAACUGGAUGUUAACAAAUUUCACAUACAAAUAAGAUUUAUUUCUUUUUCCAUUCUAAAUAGUAAAAAAGUUUUAAAAUUAGAUAGUCACAGAUUAGAUUCUUUUUUCUUUUCUUAGUACUUGAAGUGCUACUAGAAGUCAGUAAUGUAAUUCAGUUCAAUACAUACUUGGUUGGACUCAAGUAAUUAGAAUGGCAGCAAGUUUUAAGCACACACCAUAUUGUUGUUAGUUAUAAUUGUGAUGAAUAAAUAUGUGAACAAAACCUGA